AUGGUUUCUACUGUACCUUUUUCCAGUUUGAUGCAGAGUUAUUUUCUGUACUCUGCCAUUUUAGCUCUGAAGCAGUUGGUUUUAGCCCCAAUGGCAGCUGUAGUGUACCACCCAGAGAAAGUGCAGCGAGCGUAUAUAAGUGACUUGAAGAAUCUCACACCUUUCUGGUUGGUUUCAGCUCUUUACAUGACCACAGGCCCAGACCAAGCAACGGCUGUAUAUUUAUUGAGAAUAUACGUUAUAACCAGAUUUGUAAUAGCUUUGGGAUAUUUACAGAAAUUACCAUCUAUUGUCACAGAAGCUGCUUUUUGCGUAUCGUUUAUGAUAACUUGUUUUAUGGGAGGAUGGGUUGUGUAUACUUAUAGGAAAGCGUUGUAA